CGGCAAUGGCGGCCGGGGGGAGGUGAGGUGGCUUUGGGCUUGGGUAAUGCCGGUACUCCGCGCUCGGACUCAGAAUAAACGCGAUUCUGUCACAUCGGAGUGAGAGCAUGGGAAAGAUCAGUAUUAACAUGGCUAACAAGAAAGCUUACAGUGCAGGUCAUUCCAGGAAUUUGAUGGACCCAUACCUAAUCCAGAGUCAUAUGACUUCCCAUUACAAUAGAAUCCUCUCUGCCAAAGCUACAGUGGAUUGUUCUGUUCCAAAAAGCAUGCUGUUAAGCGUAAAAUACAAAGACCAACUGAAGAAGCACAAUCUACAAACUAAAUACAAAAAAGGAGUCAUCCCUACAAGAUCAGAAUCUUGGUCUAGCUCUGGUAGCAGUGGAAGGUUAACUGUAACAGAAUCUAUCCAGAAUCCUUCCAUACUAGAACACAAUGAGGAUCCCAGAGAGCUAGCAAAUGGUUCCAUGACCCCUGAGCAAACUUUUGUCACUCCCAAAGGGAAUUUUUCAGUGUUGACUUCCACUGCUGAUAUUAGUAAUGAAACAACUCAGAAAAGCUUCAGUCGGUGCUACUCAGACCUGAGCUCCAGAAUUUCUAUGUCUCCCAGGCAAUGUUAUAGAUCUUUCCACAGUUCAUCAUCUAGCUUUGCAAAUAGCCAGCAUUACAAAUCAUUUCAGGAUGCACGCCAGAAGACAUAUAGUGGUGAUAUUUUGGAGAAACAUGCCCAUUGUUUUACAAGUGGGCAACAAUUCACACCUCGCAUUCUAAAGAAAGAAGCACAGUCUUCCUUGGCCCGUUACCGGUAUUAUACUCCUGUGAAGAAGAAAAAACUCUCAAAAAAGAAAUGCAUGACGCAGGAAACACAGACUGAUUUCACGAGCUCUGAAGAUGCACCUUUACUGAAGAACAAGAAGGAUUGUUCACACUUUACUUCCUCACAGAUUUGCUCUGAUGAUGAGCGAGAGGACAGGGAUGUUUUAUCUCUCAAUUUCCAUUGCAAUGAGCCACAAGAAAGUUUUGAACGCCCUUAUGAUUACUGUGUACAAAGGUUAUCUUCAUCAAAUAGAAUCAAGUCAUCAAUAAUGCAGAAAGUUAAGGCUGAAGAAGAGGAAUUGAAGUAUCUUGAGUUCGUCUCUGAUAUUACCAGUGAAAUAUUGGCUCGAGGAUUAUUUUCAAACAGUGUUUUGGAAAGAAUAUUUGAACGGCGCAUAGAAGAAAAUAGACAUCGACUAAAUGAACAGAAGUUACGUCAUAUGCUGGAUGAGUUAAAAGAAGAUUUGGGCUUUAAACCAGAAAAAGAAUGGAGGACCAGUGGUUGUGAAACUAUAUUAACAAAUACUAAAAUGUUAGAAUUAAAAAACCCUGAUUCUUUGGAAAAUCGUAGGUUUGCCCAUAAUUGGAAGGAAUAUACUGGCAGUACUGCAAACCUUUCAAUUGACAAUGAAAACGAAGGAUCAUGGAAUCAUAGACUGCUUGGAAAUUCUAGUGCAAGUGUUUGUUACGACCAUAGCGUUGCUGGAACCACACAUCCUGAUGCUGUUGGUGGAGAGCAUAUCCAGGAUGUUCUGCACACAGAACAAGAUCAUUGCCUGUUUUCAAAUAGUGAAGAAAACCCUGAUCGUUUUCAGUCUGUGGACCAUCCAUAUGAUCCCACUGAGUGUUGCACUGAUUCUGAUGGCACAACAGUACUGACAGACGUUGAUAAUCUUGUGGUGUCUCUUCAUACUGUUGACGUUAAGGAAAACUGUGAACUUGAAGAUGAUCAGAGUAGAUUUGCAUUAAGUAAAGAUCCAGAAAAAGCUUCUGAUGAUGGCAUUAAUUUGUAGUGCUUGCAAUUCUCAGCAAUUAGACAGCUAACAAUCAUGGAUCAUAACAGAAUUCUAGAUCUUUGUGAUGUAAGCCUGUUCUUGUCACUGAGUUGGCGAUUGACCACAACAAAGUUUGCACCAGAAACGUUUUUGGGUAUUUUCCCUGAACAAUCUAUGCUUCUCUGCACUGUGCAUAUUAUGUGCUGCAUUUUUGAGCUCUAGUGUAUAUUUUACUACAGUUAUGAAGGCAGUACACAUUACUUUAACCUUGUGUAAAUGAGUCAAAAAUCUAAGUUUAUUAUAAGUAACUGCUGCAUUACAAAAGAUACCUCUCUCAUUUUCCUGAUUCUUGCACAGAUCUAUUUUAUUUUUGUCAGAGCUGUACAAAUACUGUUUCUCUAUAAGCAGCUGUCAAGAAGAGUGUGAAGGCCAUUCAUAUUCGCCAACUCUGCCUUGCAGACUUGCUGAAAUCAGGAACUGGCAUGUAAAAGCCCAGAUGCAAACCUAGAGUGUCCUAUUCUGCAAUGCAGUAUAUUGGUAUACUAAUUAGAUUUAACUUCAAUACUUUAUAAUGAGGUAA